AAUCUUUUAACGAUUGAUUCCUGAACGACUAUUAGAUUUUUUGGAGCAACUUCAUUAUCAGCAUUUGAAUCGUUUUAUCUUUACCAAAGUAUUUUACCUAAUUUUGUUAUAGAUUCUUUAACAUGUAUUCUUAAGAAUUAUCUUGUCCUCUGACUGUGUUCUGGUUAUAGACAUAUUUUUGUUGGUUGAACAUUGUAUAAUAAAAUUUAUUUUACUUUAAGUACAGUCCUCAAAUGGAAGUUUUAUAUAAUUCUUGUAGAGGUGGCUUGAAAACCAUAACAUUGGAUGCUGUUUGUAAAAAAAUAAUUGAUAAUGAUAAUGAAAUUGCAGAUGAAGAUAUUACUGUGUUAUACCAGAUAUUUGACCAAACACUUUUCAAAGCAUUGGAUUUAAUAGACAAAGAAUGCAUAGAAUUACUGACAAUUGCAAACACAGAUAGAACUUAUUUUUCUGUACAAGGUUCAAAUGGAUUUUACACAAUAUACCCUCAUAUCAAUUUUUGUGAGUGCCCUGUCUUCAAAGCUAAUGUUAAGAAAAAUCAAGUAGGUGUCAUAUGUAAACAUGUGCUUGCAUGUCAUCUAGCAUUUGUACUGAAAAAGUAUAAAACUAGAACGACUAGUGAACUAGUUUAUACACAAAGUUAGAAAAAUAAAUUAUUUAAUCAUUAUCA